GGAUUGAACCCGGGUCUCCUGCAUUGCAGGCAGAUUCUUUACUGUCUGGACCACCAGGGAAGCCCCAGUCAGACCCUGUUUAUCUAGGAAGAGAAGCCCCCACCCUCCAAGCAGGCAUUCAGGGGCCGGAAGCUGGAGAGGAGGGUGCAGGGCAGUGGGCCCCCAUGAAUAAUUGAGGGUCUCAGACAGGUCUCUCUCCGCCCCACAGCUGUUGCCCUGCCUCGGGCGGGGAGGGGGAGGCGGUGAUGUCAACUCCUCCUCUGUGGGGGCCAGAGUUCCUCCCUUGCCCCGGGGAGGGCGGGCGCGGGUUAUAAGGAGCUGCCCCCCCGGCCGCACAGCACCGAGGACCUUGGUCUGGACGCCCCACCAUGCCGCGCCGAGGGUCCACCUUGCUGCUCUUGCUGGUGCUGCCUGCUCUGCUGCUGCUGCUGUUGGGGGCUGCCACCGCGGCUCCCCUGGCGCCCAGACCCUCCAAGGAGGAGUUGACGCGCUGUCUGGCAGAGGUGGUCACAGACGUGCUGAUGCUGGGCCAGGCCAGGCAAGGCCCCUGCCUGGCUCUCCUCCACAGAGAAAUGUGUGAGACAGAGUCCUCUGGCUGUCGCUGUCCUCCCACUGGCUGUCCUCCUACUGAAGAGAAUGGCCUACUGGUUGGGGAUUUUAAAAAGCCAGAGGCUGGGAAGAUGCGGUCCAGCCAGGAGGUGAGGGAUGAGGAAGAGGAGGAGGCGGCGGAAAGGACCCACAAGUCCGAGGUGCAGGAACAGGCCGUCCGUGAGCAGCUCCACCACCGGCUCCACCAGGACCACGAAGAGGAGGAAGAGGAAGAAAAGAAGAGGGGGCCCGUGGAGACCUGGGAGGGCCUGUGGAAGCAGCAUCUGGAGGGCGGCAGGGGCCCCCAGAAGCGGGUGGCAGAGCAGGCCAGCGAUGAGGAGACGGCCCAGUUCGAGGCAGAGGAGAAGGGAGUGCAGGUGCUGGGCGGAGGUCGCAGCCUGUGGCAGGGGGUCGAGGCGGGUGGAGAGAGACGUGAGGACCGCCACCACUUCCACCAGCCAGAAGCCGAGCCCCGGUGGGAGCAGAAGAAAGAGGCUUCAGACAGGGAGGGGCACCAUGUGGAGCGGCUGGAGCACAUGAGCGAUGAGCUGAAGGCAGCGACGGAGAUGCUGCGAGAGGAGCUCAGGAGGGCCGGCUGACCUCACGUCCUCCUCCUUCCCCACACACCCUAUACGGCUUAGUACUGUUGACCCCCAACCUGUCACCCCAGCCUGCUCCCCAACUGGCAGGAGUGGGGAGAAGGGUGUGCCUUGAAACCAGGCCUGAGGGGCCAAGUCUGAGCUGGGUGGAGGGGCUGGGCUCCGGCUGACUCAGGACAGCCCAGAUGCCCUGACCUGCUCCACCCCCACCCCGAGUGAAUAAAGCACAGAGAAAACCA